UCAAUAUUUCCCACCGCUUCCUCUUUCCUUCCUCUCUCUCACUCAAAGUCACAAUCUUGUACCUUUCUUUUCGCUAUAAAUUCAAUGAUCCCAUCAGAACAGACACUGAUUUUCCACACUCGCGGAUCGGUUUCACAUUAGCAGAAAGAAAGAGAGAGAGAAAAGAUGGAAGUGGAAGUGGUGGUUCCGGUGGACUUCAACUUCGACAGCAACUGCUCCUCCCCAUUCAUCACCGCUCCUUCCAGCCCCCAACGCUUUGGUAACAACGCCAACUUCUUCUUCAGCGCCCCCACCAGCCCCACGCGUCCUACUCCCUUCUUCUUCCACGACUCUCAUUCCUCCUCUGUUCCCUUCCUCCGGGAACAACAACAGCAACAACCCCAACCUAAUGCCAACCACGAUGAUUUCGAGUUCAAUUUCACCGGACACGUCGACAGACCUUCUCUCUCCGCCGACGAACUCUUCCACGCCGGAAAGAUCCGUCCCCUCACGCCGCCCCUUCCCUCCCCUUCUCCCGUGACAUCUCCGGGCAAGAACAAGAACAGGGAAGAAGAAGAAGAAGAAGAAGAAGAAGAAGAGAAGAAGAAGAAGAAAGUGCGAGGGAGGGAAAGAGUUUCGGUGUCUGGUCGCAGAGGAAGUAGUAGGUCCUUGUCUCCGCUGAGAAUCUCCGACAUUAUGAGCGACUCCGAGGAGAAAACCGUUCCUUCCCCUACAAGCAACUCUAAAUUGUCAUUCUUGUCUUCCAUUCCCUUCACCAGAAAAUGGAGGAUUAGAGAUUUUCUCCUCUUCCGAAGUGCCUCUGAGGGAAGAGCCACGGACAAAAACCCGCUCAGGAAAUACGUGAUUCUCUCCAAAAGCGAAGAUGUUCGAAACUCCAGCUUCCGGUCCGCCGAGAGUUCCGGUUCGGUCUCCAAACGCCGCGGCCCGGUUUCGGCCCACGAGUUGCAUUACACGGUGAACCGGGCUGCGUCCGAGGAGAUGAAAAAGAAGACGUUUUUGCCUUACAAGCAGGGUUUGUUGGGCUGCUUGGGCUUUAACCCUGGUAUGCAUCACAUUUCUAAGGGUAUGGGGUCUUUGACGCGUUCCUAAUCAAUUCAAAUAUAUCUCCUUUGGAUUUUCUUUGCUCCAUUUUCAUAUUGUUCUCCUCUUGUCCGCAAAAACACUCAAAUUUGUACCAAAAUAAUUUUGCCAUUCACACCAACAUAUCAUACCUUACUCUCACUUCUCUAAUUUCUCACUCUUAAAUCAUUCAAACAAACCAAAAUAAAAUUAUACUAUAGAACAAAUUAAAACGCAUUUUAUCAUAUUUAGUGAGACUAUAUAUUUUUUAUUUAACCGGGAUUGUUUUUAUUAUUAAGUUUAAAAAAGUUAAGAGUAUCGAGGUUUGCGAAGAAGACAUUGAAUAUGAUGGGAUGGUGUUGGUUGCAUUGAUGGUGAUUGGUAUAAACUGAGAAUGGUAUAUGGAAUAUGGUUAGCGAAAAGAAAGAAGAUAAAGCAUGGACGUGGAAAGAAUA